GGCUGGCUCAAUCUUCAAAAACAUUUCAAAAUCUUUUUCAUUUCACAUUUCUAGUUAUCAGUGAUAACUUAUCACAAUUCACAGUCAUCAUACAUAAAGAUUCUAAACAUAACAUUUAUUGUGUAUUUCGAGAACGUUGGGAAUGUGCCACUCCCACUCUACUUGUCUGACAUCUAUUUCUGGAAAUCGUAUUAUUUCGUAACCUCCAAGAGCCUCCCUAAUUAAUUAUCGCCAAUCAAUUAGUCACUUCACUGCACUGCACUCAGUGUGCAAUUGUGGUGCUGAAAAUUUUACGUCUUCAGCAAUUAAAACAAUGGUUCGAACUCGCAGCGCCACCAGCCAUGUUAUUGCCACCUCACCCCUCCAACGACGACUUAGAAGUGCAACGAAGAAACCGGAAGCCAGCACCUCUACCUCCAGUACAAAUAGUACAAUUAAUAAUAAACCAACUACCAAAUCAUCCAUCCCUCCGAAGAAGGUGACCCGAAAAUCUGCCAAGAAGACUGAUACACCUAAAUCAACUACUACAAAUCCUCCAAAGUCUGCUCCCUUCAAUAUACGACAGGUGGCUGAGCGCUAUCUCGUCGAAGCAGAAGAGUAUGUUGACAAAGCAGAACGUUUUGAAAAGGAGGCACAUCGGUCCAUGGAUGAAGCUGACUGCUAUUCCAAGCGAGGGGAAGAUUUUGUCGAGAAAGCGUUAAAUGAUCCGGGUCCGAACGCCAUAAAGCUGUAUGAAUCCGCCCGUGACACGUACAAUUCGGCCCGACGAUGUCUCGAAGAAUCUGUUCGAUGUAACGAUGCUGCAACUCGAAACUACAGAACCGCUCGAGACUACUAUGAAGCUUAUGCUCGCUGCUGUCCAUCCUGUCCAACGACAAGUCCUACCCACUCGUCAUCUUCCUCCUCCUCCUCCUCGUCAUCAUCAUCCGCAGAGGAUGUCGGAUUGGAUUAGAAGAUUUAAAACAUAUAAACUAUUAUAAUUACGAUUAAUUAACUACCAGAGCCUCACACGUUUUCGGCGACGAGGCUUGUAUUCAGUAUAAUUUUUUAAACCCGACACGCAAAGCUCGAAAUACCAAAUAGUGGUUGAUAUUGUUUAUAAAUACUACAUGUUUAACUUAUUAAUUCAUAUUUCUCUUGACUUAAUUGAUUAAGUGAAUACUUGUUACGUAAGCAGAGUUCAUGGUGAAAAAAACACCAUGAAAAAUGAACCCUAUUCAUUUUACAAUUAAAUUUGAGUCAAUUACCCCAAUUUCAAAAUUAUGUACUACCAUUUUAAAACAUGUAUAAAGCAAAGUUGGUAGAAUAAAAUAAUAAAUCCAGAAUCGAACACUUAA